AUGAACUCGCCUACCCCGCCAAGGGAAAUUCCGACACUUCCUCGCCCGCGCGUCCGCCAAACCGACGAGGAACGCAAAGCCAAACGCCGUGUUCCCGAGGACAAGCGCCGCCGCGUCGAGGUCUCCUGCGACCGCUGCAAGCUCCGCAAGACAAAGUGCAUCCGUGAAGCUACUGAGGCCACAUGCAAGGAAUGCGCAAAGGCCGGCCAGGCCUGCGUCUCCAGCCUUCCCCGGAAGCGGCGCAUCUACGCAACUGAAGAGCAGCUCACUGGGCGGUUUCGAGCACUGGACGCCAUCGUGCGCCACCUCUUCGCCGGUCGCGAUCUAGACUCGGACGAGGCGGUUGAGGCGCUCGCUGAGGAACUUGGAGCUGGACGUGCAGACGUGGGCAGUGCGAUUAGCGACGCGCCUGUCAAUCAGCGCCUGGCAAAUCUAACCGUGCCCGAGGGCCGUCUGAUGCCAGCGCCGACUGGCCCCAUGUAUCUCGGUGCAGCGAGUACGAUCCUCUUCGCUUCGCAGGUGCGGGACUUGCUAAAGAAGAGCCAACUCGACAAGCUCACGCUGUUCGACGAGGCGGAGCUGAGGCGCUUCAUGCAGGCGGCUGAUUUUGCGUCGUUCGGCGCUUCCAGCUCCCACACCGGUCUCCAUGAGGCGAAUGACACGGCGAUCCAGCCAAAGUCUAUCUUUCACUCCGACGUUCUGGUUGCCACUCUUCCUGCACGAGAGUUGUGUGACGACCUCCUUCGCGGAUUCUUCGGGCGUGUCCACCCGUCAUUCUCUAUCUUCUACAUCGCCUCUUUCCAGGAGCUGUACGGAGCUGUUUGGGCCCGCGACCGGCAAGAGCUCGACCCCGGAUGGGUGUGUGCCCUGUUAAUGGUACUUGUUUUGGGGGCACAAGCGCUCGAGUCGGAAAGGGGCAGCUCGCCUCUCACUCCAGCGGUGCACGCAAGGUACCUCAACAUCGUGAUGGCCAAUCUUGGCCGCCUGGUCACAACCGCAUCCCUCGCUAGCGUCCAGGCACUUAUGCUUGUGUCGCUGUACCAAUACAACGCUGGAGAGCGGUGCACGGCGUGGACGAUCAUCGGAGAGGCUGCACGUGUCGCCGUCUCGCUUGGCAUGCAUCGCGACGGCGAAGACGGCAACUUUGACUCGGUUCAGCGCAACCUCCGCCGCCUCGUGUGGUGGCAGCUCUUCAUCUUUGAGCAGACUCUGUCCCUCGACUUGGGACGCCCUGGUACUGGUACCGACCUUGUUGACGUCACGGUUGCACUGCCCGACCCAACCAUCAUGGACCAGGGCGAUUAUCCUCCAGGCUAUCUCAAACAUGCGGUCUCCCUCGCUGACCUCUCUAUCAAGGUUAAGCGCUUCGUCGCCGCCACGUCGAUGGAAUACAAGGAUCCUCGCAAGCUUGCUCACUCGACAAUGCAGGCUGAAGAUCUCCACCGCCUGCUACUCCGCUGGGAAUCGCAUCUCGGUGACCUCCUUGACACCGAGUAUCCUUAUGCGACGGCAAGGCUCCGCCGCAUGCACCUCCUCCUGCAUGUCCAGUACCAGCAUCUAACAUCCGUCCUUGGCCGACCGUUCGUACUCGCACACGCUCAUCACUUGGCCCUGUCACGCACUCAGGCAGUCCACCCUCUGGAUCAGCGUUUGGAAGCGCUGGCUACCACGGCGCGCGACGCUGCGCGCCUGACGCUCAACUACCUCCGUCGCAUGGCUGAGAAUGAUAUCCUCGAGUCCCAAACCUGGUUGGACUUUUCCUAUGCCCAUCACGCGACGUUCAUCCUCGGCCUCCACUCCAAGUUUGGGGCCAAGGACCCAGUCGACCGCCACGCUGUUAGCGACUUGGUGAACCGUGCGCAACGCCUCAUCCUUGCCCCGACAUACCGCCUCCUCAUGCAGCUCACGACGCAAUACGCAUACAUGGUCGGUCUAGCACCCGGUUCGGACGUGCCUAUUCGCACGAGUAUGAGGGUCAGCAGCCAGCGACUUGCGCCGAUGCAAAGCCAGGCGUCACUCGAAGAACUCUUUUCCAUCCUCCCUUCGCAGCCUGAGGCUGUCGAGCCGUUUGGCGAUCUGCGUGCAUUCGGGAUGGACGGCGCGAUGCCGAUGGACUACUUUGAAGUUGGACUGAGGAACCCCACGGUGAUGGAAGGCGGUUUGGGGGGACGUGGUUCGCGGUGA